AUGCUGAGGGUUUGGUGUAGCAUACGAUAUUCCAAAAGGCUUACAACAUCGCCAAACCCGCUCACACCCAUUACCAAUAACCCGAAAUUAGCAGGGGGUCUCUCCCCGGCCGACCUAAAGAACUUUGGGGUGACGGACUGGGUCCACCAGCCCAUGGCCGUGCUGCUACAAGACCGCAGACCAAGCUUACUCGAUGAAUUCUGCUACUACCAACUAAAAACUUACGUUGCCACGAUCACGG